CCAGGUACAACUUUAUAUCCCACACGUCUUCAGUGAGGCAGACUCACAGCGUCGGAGCAGCUUUCCAGCCAGAGCAGAAGAAACAAACUAGAGCAACAACACAUUUGCGGUGCCAUUUUUAGAGAUCAGUGUCAUGCAUCGGUUGUUCAACAGGGUCAUGAGUUUGAAUUAUCCAGCUGAGGGUGAGGACGACCUCCAAAGCACAGGCCCAGGUCCUGAAUUUGAUCAACCAUGGCGGACAGUGACAUGGAGUGAAGAUAACAAGAAUCAGAUGUUGAAAAAACUGAAAGAUUUCCAACCAAGCACUGAAGAAAUCCGUGAGCUGAAGAUUCUGCUUCACGGUCCAAUUGGAGCAGGAAAGUCGAGUUUUAUUAACUCCAUCAGCACCGUCCUCCAAGGAUACCACACUGCUACUGCACUGGCAAAUUCAUCCACAGAUUUAGGUCACAGCUUUAGUGUAAAGUUUAAAACGCACAAGCUGAAGAAGGAUGGUCCUCGAUCUUUCUAUCCAUUUGUCUUUACGGACAUCAUGGGUCUGGAAGCAGAGGACGAAAGAGGAGUGCAUACUGACGAUAUAAAAAGUAUAUUACUGGGUCAUGUGAAAAAUGGCUACACUUUCAAUGCACAAAAACCAAUUGAUAAAGAUGACCCGAAGUACAUCAGUAACCCCGGCCUGAAAGACAAAGUGCACUGUCUGGUGAGUGUUCUACCAGCUGACAAAAUCUCCCUCAUCAGUGAUGAAGUUAUGGACAAAAUGAAAACUGUUCGGAAAAAAGCACGAGACUUGGAGAUUCCUCAAGUCGUCAUCAUGUCGCUGGUGGACGAAGCAUGCCCUCUAGUUAAACACAACCUGAGUAAGAUCUACACCAGCAAAAAAAUCAAAGAGAAGAUGAAAGUGUGCAGUGAUAGACUGGGAGUACCAGUGAACUGCAUCUUUCCUGUGCAGAACUACCACGAGCAGAUCACCAACAACUUGGACAUGGAUAUUCUGAUUCUCAUGGCAAUGACUCAUAUCAUUACAUUCGCCAAUGACUAUGUUGAAGACCAGGUUUACGAUGAAUAAGUUCACCCAGGUGUCUUGUUCCAACAGAGAGCAAAAUGGAACUGGCUAGUUUCAGGAAUUCACAAUAUGAACAGAGAUGUGCUGAGAAAUUGCUAAAAUUUCAUGUUUCAUUUUCUCACAAAUUUUCUGGCUUUAUUUAAAUGCUAUUAUUAACCUGUAAUGGGGUAUAUUUAUCUGUGCAUGCAAUAGAUCAGGGAUGUUGAAAAAUCUAAUCUUUUUGUUAUUCUCUUUUCCCCUUAUAUUAUUAGUUUAAUGAAGCUCUCUUUAAGAAUGAAUUUUCCUGUAUUAUUAAGACAGAUGUAAUUAAAGAGAGACAAAAAUCUUGAGUAAUCUUUGUCUGUCAUUAUGGUAUUAUGGGCUUUAUAUAUCAUGUUUGAUUUGUAAAAAUGUUUGGUUAAAAUAUAAAAAAUGACAUUUAGUGCAUUCAUUCUGAUGAGUAUGAACAAAUAAAUAAUCAACAGCAAA